AUGUCCGGUGACGUGGCGUCGAGGGACCGCGCGGCAAUGCGGCUCGAUGUCGCGGAGUUCCUCGUGAAGGAGCGUUACUUCCUCGCGGCGCUAGAGCUGCUGCACGAGCUGCACGAGGACCAUGGCGGUCAGGCUGGUCAAGACGACCAUGAUGCGUCGGAAGCGGCUCGUUUUCUCGAGCGCGUUUUCGCGGACGAGCAGCGAUUUCCGCGCGACAAGAUCGCAGCUGUCGCAGCUUCCACAGCGGCUGCGAAAUCACCAGCCAGUGCCGCAGCUCCCUCCGUUAACGGUGGAACUGGGGGGGUUGCGGAAGCAGGGGUGGGCGGCGGAGAUGAGCAGACAGCGGAGGACGACGAUGCGCCGUUGGAUGCGUUGGGCGAGGACGAGAGGCGCGAUCUGAACUUCGCGGUGCGGGAGUAUCUGGUGCAGGCGCGAUACAAGCUCACCGCCAUGACUCUGCAAGACGAGGUGGGGGAUCAGGACUGGGACGACUGGGAGGAGGGCCCCGCCAAGGCGGAGAGCGCGCUCAGGCGCUACCUGCGCCACUACCUGCGCCGCAGGGAGGCCAGCAAGAGCGCCGCGGCAGCUGGGCGCGCAGCUGCUGACCUGGCGGAGAUGCGGCAGGAGAUGGAGCAGCGACUGGCUGGCGCUGCGCGGGAAAAGGCUGACGUGGAGAGGUCUCUGGCCACCGCCUCUGCUGCCGUUGAAACUCUUAAAGUCAAGGUCCAGGACUUGGAGGUCGAGAGGAAAGCACAGGACAACGACCUGCAGAAGCUGAGAGCAGAGCUCCAGGCAGCUUCCGAGAAGGCUCGUGGUCAUGGCGCAUCCGAGGCGUCUCUCCUUGCACGGGCGGAGGGAGCCGAGCGCCAGCUGGACGUCGCCCAGGCUGACGUGUCCUCGCUCCGUGCUGACGUGGUGUCGCUGCGUGCUGAGGUGGCUUCGGCACGUGAUGAGCUGGCAGCAGCUCAGCGCGAGUCGGCAUCGCUAAAAGACAAGAUCAAAUCGAUGGAAGCAGCAGCUGAAGCAGCGCGUGUGGAGCAGGAUGAGGAGUGGGAGAAGGCAGGGCAAGUAGCAGCAGACGCAGAGAGAACAGCAGCGAGGCUCCAACGAGAGAUAGAUGCAGCGCGGAAAGCAGCAGCUGACGCCGAGGCGAAGGGAGAGGAUCUGAAAGCGCAGGUGCAGCAGGCUCGGGCCGAGGCUGAGGCUCAGUUGGCUGAGGCUCGGGCAGCAGCGGCGGAGGCGAGGGCAGAAGCAGAGGCGAAGGGGAAGGCGGAGGAGGUGGCGCGAGGGGAGAUUGCGCGCGUGCAGGAGGUGGCGAGGGGGGAGAUCGCCCGCAUGCAAGGCGAGAUUAAGGCGCUCAGGGACGCGCAGAGGGAGCAGGCAGGGGAGAGCGGGGCAGCCCCUGCUGUUGCUGCUGCUGCUGCUGUGUCUGGUGGUGCUGGGGGAGCGGGCGAGGCGGAGGGGAGGGUUGCAGAGCUGCAGAGGAAGCUGGACGAGGCGAGGAGGGAGGCAGAGUCAGCUGCAGCGCAGGUGGAGGUGUUGCGAGGUGAAAUGAGGGAGGCUGAGGAGAAGGCCCGGGCGGAGAGGGAGAGGGUGGAGGCGGAGGUGAGAGGGGAGGUGGGACGAUUGCGAGAAGAAGCGGAGAAGCGGGGGAAUGAGGCAAGGGAGGCCAAGGGAGAGCUGGAAAAGGCACAAAAGGAGCUGGACAUUGUUCGUGAUGAGCUGGCGAGGGUCAAAAGUGAGCAGAAGGCUGGGGGUGGAGGAGGAGGAGGAGGAGGAGGAGGAGGAGGAGGAGCAGGAGGAGGAGGAGGAGGAGGUGAGGAGUCGAUGGAGGUGCUGCUGGAGGCGGAGAGGAAGAUCGUGGAGCUGCAGAGAGAGGCGGUGGUGUGCCUGCUGGCGGAGUGCCUCCCUCGCAUCAUCCCCAACGUGCUCAUCAACCACCGCGAGGAGCUGCUGCCGCUGAUCAUGUGUGCGAUAGAGAAGCACCCGUUGGAGGCAGCGCGCAAGGCGCAGGUGGCGUGGCUGUUCAACCUCAUCAAGAAGCCCGACCACGACCAGCGCUCCGCCGUGGUGGCCGCUUGUGUGCAGCUCAAAGAGAGGGUGGGGGAGCGGCGCACUGAAACUGAAAUACUCAGCCAGUGCUGGGACGAGAUGGGGCACAAGAACGAGGAGAAGCGGCUGCUGGUGGUGCAGCUGUGCAGGGAAAUGGCGCCUCUCAUGACUCGCCGCGUGCAGGACGCAGUGCUGCUGCCCAUGCUGCUGCAGCUCGCCACUGAUACCGCCCCUGCUGUCCGGGAGGCUGUGGCCGUGAACUUGGCUCCGCUGCUGCCGCUGUUCGAUGACACCGCUGUGCUGCCCAAGGUGGAGGAGGCGUUGUUCCUGCUGGCGUGCGAUGUGGACGGGGGAGUGGUGGAGGAGACACUCAAGACGCUGCUGCCGGCCUUCGUGGCGUGGGCCAAGUCGCGCCGCCACCCCUUCGGCCAGGUGCUGCGUGCCGUCAUGCAGCGCCUCAUGGGGCAGAUCCAGAAAUGCCCUGCCGUGUCGGCGGUGGAAGGCUCGGCGGAGGCUCGGCUGCGCAUGGUGGGGGAGAGGGAGCGGUGGAACAUCGACGUGCUGCUUCGGCUGCUCACCGAGCUUCUUCCGGAGGUUCGGCACGUGGCUGUGAAAACGUGCCCCGAAGCUAUCCUCGCCCUCGACAAGCCUGCUCCUGCUGCCGCACCUGAUACCGCAGCUGCUGGUGCUGGUGCUGGUGCUGGUGAUGGGGGUGCAGGGUCAGAGGGAGGGGCAGGUGGAGAGGGGUCGGAUGCGGUGGGGCAGAGGAGCGGGAGUGGCCGGCUGCCGUCGGCAGCUUCCUUGGGUGGGAUAGAGUACGAGGAGACCUUCUUCACUGACGCUCUGCUCAAGCGAUACGGCAGUGCGGGGGUGGACUGGCCGGCGUUUGACUGGAUUCCAAUGGACUGUCUGCCCACGCUCGUGCAGCUGGCGCUCAUGCUGCCGCCCAAGGAGGAGCGCCUGCGCGUCCGCAUCUGCACGUUGCUGCUGACAGUGAGCAAGCUAUUCGGUCGGUUCUACCUCAUGGCAGUGCUGCUGCCUGUCUUCCUCACUGCUGCCGGUCACUCCAUCGACACCUCGCACCUCCCUCCCAAGAUCGCUUCCUCCGUUGAAGUGCUGCGCCCAGCAGGCCCCCCUCUGGAGCGCCUGUCGCGCAUGUGUGUGCUGCCACUACUGCUGGCGGGUGUGUUGGGCUCGCCCAAUAUGCGCGAGGGCUACCUCUUCAAGUACCUGCGCGAGUGGGUCGUCUCCACCUGCGCCCGCUCCGGCGCCUGGUCUCCCGCCUCCACACCUGAACUCAUCGACGCUGUUCGCUUCCUCUGUCUGUUUGAGGAGCACAGGGAGACGUUGAGCAGUGUGGGGUGGGAGCUCGUGGUCAACCAGGCACCAGCAGUGCGCAUCACAGCCGCUGUCAUCUUCCAGACCCUCGCGCCAUUCGUGGAUGUGAAACGGGUGAGCCAGCAGGUGCUGCCAGCGCUGAUCACGUUGGGGUCAGACCCGGUGCCCGAGGUCAAGCACUCCACCAUCGCUGCCCUGGGGUCUGUGGCUCAGCAGUUCAAGGACGCUCCGAUAGUGGACAAGAUCCGAGUGCAGCUGGACUCCUUCCUGGAGGAGGGGUCGCACGAGGCGGUGCUGGCGGUGCUCAAGACGCUCACAGCCGCCGUGCCAGUCACCUCCACCACGCUGCGAGAGUACUCGCUGCAGAAGGUCGCCACCAUGGCCACUGGCCCGCUGCUUGCUACUGGCACUGCUGCUAAGCGCAGAGAGAAGGCUGAGGCUCUCUGCUCUGCUCUCAGGGCUCUAGAGCACACAGAGAUGACUCCACAGCAGACCAACACGCUGUUCCUCCCAGCAGUGCAGGCGCUGCUAAAGGAGCCAGAGCUGCUCUCCACCAGCAGCAGAGACGCCCUCGAGGCCAUUCGCCGCGACCGCUGGGUCGGGAAAAUUGAGGACCUGGGGAAAUACGUCGGGAAGAAUUUGUUCGGGUUUGAGACUUCCGGGCAGAAUAAGAAUCUGUUUGGUGGUGGGCUGCUCGGGUCGGCGUCUGCUGCGAGCGGGUCUGCAAAGCCUGGAGCGGCUGGGGGUGGAGGGGCGGGUGGAGGAGGCGCGGCGACUGCUGCAAGUACUUUUAGUGGUGCCUUUAGUGGGGCGUUUGGCAACAAGCGGUAA